GCGAAACCCAUGAGUACCAGUUACCACUCGGUAGAAGAGAAAAAAGAGUCGGCCUGUUUUUUGAACCAAAGUGCUGCAUCUCUUUUUUAAAAAUUCCUUAGGAAUCCUGAAUUCAGAAGCUGUUGCUUAAUCCUCGAAAGGUUUGAGCUUUUUUCACAAGAGAAACUACCCUUAACCUUCUCUUGGUGAUAGCACCUCGACUCCGCAAGAGGUACCAUGGAAGUCAACGAAGAAGUCCCUGCAUCAACUUCUCCUGAAGAGGUUUCUGAUUUGGUCCCUGAUGGUCAAACUGUAGUUUCUGCUGUUAACGCUGCCCCAGUCCAACCAAUCCAACCAAUAGUUCCACCUGUGGUUGUGCCUCCUACCAUUGCUCCCAUUCCUCCUCCUCCUGUACUCCGCCCAUUGGCACCUCUCCCCGUUCGCCCUCCUGUUCUAAGGCCACCUGUUUCACAAAAUGGUGAGGUGAGAAUGAGUGACUCAGAUUCAGACCAUGAUGACUUGGGCCCAAACCGGACUGCAACUGGUUCAACUGGGGAGUAUGAGGUAUCAGAAGAGAGCAGAUUUAUAAGAGAGAGGCAGGAAAAGGCAAUUCAAGAGCUUUUAAUGAAGCGGCGAGCUAAAGCUCUAGCAGUUCCUACUAAUGACAUGGCUGUCCGAACACGUCUUCGCAAGCUUGGUGAACCUAUGACCCUUUUUGGAGAAAGAGAGAUGGAAAGACGUGAGAGGUUGCGGACAAUUAUGGUCAAACUAGAUGCUGAAGGGCAACUGGAAAAGCUGAUGAGAGCUCAUGAGGAGGAAGAGGCUGCAGCUUCUGCUCCAAAAGUGGAUGCUGAGGAAGAAUUUGUUGAGUACCCCUUUUAUACUGAAGGCACAAAAUCUCUCUUGGAUGCUAGAGUCAACAUUGCAAAGUACUCUCUUGCGAGGGCAGCUUUGCGUAUUCAACGUGCUCAGAGGAAAAGGGAUGAUCCAGAUGAAGAUGUGGAUGCUGAGAUGGAUUGGGCUCUGAAGCAAUCGGAGAAUUUGGUGCUUGACUGCAGUGAGAUUGGGGAUGACCGGCCACUCUGUGGUUGUUCAUUUUCACGGGAUGGAAAACUGCUUGCUACGUGCUCUUUAAGUGGAGUUGGUAAGUUGUGGAGCAUGCCUCAAGUGAAAAAGGUGUCUACGUUGAAGGGACACACAGAGCGAGCUACUGAUGUUACAUUCUCUCCUGUGCAUGACCAUCUUGCUACUGCCUCUGCUGACCGGACUGCAAAGUUGUGGAACACUGAAGGAUCUCUCUUGAGGACAUUUGAGGGCCAUCUAGACCGUCUUGCCCGCAUUUCUUUCCAUCCAUCAGGGAAGUACUUGGGCACUGCUAGCUUUGAUAAGACAUGGAGAUUAUGGGAUGUAGAUACUGGUGAGGAGUUGCUUCUUCAAGAAGGUCACAGUAGGAGCGUCUAUGGGAUAGCGUUCCACCAUGAUGGGUCAUUAGCAGCAUCUUGUGGACUUGAUUCACUUGCUCGUGUUUGGGACCUUCGAACAGGCAGAAGUAUUCUUGCCUUAGAAGGCCAUGUCAAGCCAGUUCUGGGAAUUAGCUUCUCUCCCAAUGGCUACCUUUUAGCCACUGGGGGUGAAGACAAUACCUGUCGAGUCUGGGAUCUGAGAAAGAAGAAAUCUUUGUAUACAAUCCCAGCGCAUUCCAACCUUAUUUCUGAAGUAAAAUUUGAGCCUCAGGAAGGAUAUUUCUUGGUAACUGCUUCCUAUGAUAUGACAGCUAAGAUUUGGUCAGCACGGGAUUUUAAGCCAGUGAAGACACUUGCUGGACAUGAAGCGAAAGUCACAUCUCUAGAUGUUGUUGGAGAUGGGCGUUACAUAGCAACCGUAUCACAUGAUCGGACGAUUAAACUGUGGUCUAGCAGUAGCAAUGAGAAGGAACACGCUAUGGAUGUUGACUAGGUUGCUGCAGAUGAUAAAUGCUGGUGGAUCCUAUUAUGGAGUUACACUUUGAAUUACGAGAGAUAUGCUUUAUGGAAAAUGAGAAGCUUUUGAUAUUGCCUCUUGUAUCAGUCAUACAUCAGAAGCAUUUUCCUGAGUUUGGUUUUAUUCACCUUUCUGUUUUCAAAUAGUGAUCAUACUAGGAUAAUUGGUUGCAAAUUAUUUUCAAAGGAACCAUGCUGACAGUCUGAUACUUUUUGUAACUUAUCUUCUCAGUUUUAGUCAUGAAAUCAUCGAGCAAGAAAAUAGCAGGAACCCUCUGCAGUGUUGAAACUUGAAAA